AUGGUCGAUACAUUCACGACACUUGGAUUCCAGCACGAUCUACACUCUACGACAAAUGUCCAAACAGUUUUGUCAAAACUGCCUACCCCUUGCCGACUAGAAUGGAAUAGAUACAAUCUGCAAUGCAACAUCAGACAACCAUCACUCAUCGACCUCGCCAAUUGGUCCAACAUCUACGCCGAAGCAUGCAGCGAUUUGCCGAGCCACAGCAACAAUAACAACACCAGAAACAGCAGCAGCAACAACAACUACAACAGCAUCAACACUCAAGGAUCAUCAUCCAACGGUCACACCCACCAACAUGGACCAUCGGAUCACCGCGCCAAUCAGAACAACCGGAACCAGCAACGCAGCCAGCAGCAACAUAAAUCUGGACAAAAGGAUCAACGACGAGAUUUUUGCCCGGAGAAACGCAAUUGCCAGUACCUUGGAAAAUGCCAAAACUUCAUCGCAGUGAACCCAAAGGACAGAUUACAGCAGGCCAGGGAACUACAACUAUGUUUCAACUGCCUCAGCCCCCACAAGUUCGCCGACUGUCAAUCAACGCAAACCUGCCGGACGGACGGAUGCAGUAAGAAACACCACACGCUUCUGCACAACAGCAGCACCUACAACUCGACGACACAGAGGGAGACAGCCAACCGGAACUCCAGACAACAUGACGACUCCACCAACUGCAGCAUCAGCAUAAGCAGAAGGAAAUCGACUCGCCACAUUCCGACCUUACCAAUAACGAUCUCUCAUGGCAAACAUAAAGUUCAUGCCUAUGCAAUGCUUGAUUGUGGAAGCAAACUGACAUUGCUUAAAUCAUCAAUCGCCCUCCAACUCAAACCAGAUCUGCAAAUAGACGACACCAUACAGCUAAACCAAGCACUGACAUCAUCAGACACAGCUUCUACAAAGAUGACGAUCGCGAUUGGACCCUACAACCAGCAAAAGCAGCCAUUUCAAUUAAAUGACAUCGACGUCAUAAUGGAUUGGAACCUUUCCCAAUUCAACCCUGAACUCGUCAACUCCAUCUGCCAAAGGAACGAGCCACUUCAACACAUUCGGAUAGCCACACUGCCCUCGAAAGAAAUCGGAAUCAUCAUUGGAUGCGAUUUCGCCGAACUCGUGACACCUUCAAAAGUAAUCCAUUCAAAACAAAAUGUGCCUAUUGGAUGGAAAAUGCCACUUGGAUGGUCUCUCUGUGGACGAGACAAUGCAGCGACACCCAACGACAUCAACACAAUCAACUUCACGACAGACGAUACACUGUUUCGCCACGUAGCUGAAUGGAUGAAAUUGGACGCCGAAGGGAUUUCAACUGACCAACGCAGCCUCUCAACAGACGACAAGGAAGCUCUCCGCAUCUUGGAAUCUUCAACAACCCGCUUGCCCAAUGGACACUACGAAGUUGGAAUGCUUUGGAAACGUGGACAACAACUGCCAAACAAUAGAUGGCUUGCCAAGAAGCAGCUCGACAGCCUUCUCCAACGACUGAAGAGAAACACCGAGAUGGCACAGAAAUAUCAGGAGACCAUCGACACCGACUUGCAGAAAGGUUUCAUAGUCAAAGUUGAUGAUUUUCAUGAAGACUCAACAGGAAAAUGGUACCUUCCUCAUCAUCCAGUGACAAACAUCAAUAAACCUGGCAAGGUACGCCGAGUCCUUAAUGCACCGAGCAUCUACAAAGGAGUAUCACUCAAUAGCAACCUACUAACUGGACCAGACCUCCUCACAAACCUUACUGGAAUCGUUAUGCGAUUUCGCGAGGACCAAAUCGCUAUUUCUGCCGACAUUGAAGCAAUGUUCAUGCAGGUCUUCGUGAGCCCAGAGGACCAGCCGUAUUUGCGAUUUCUGUGGAAGGACAACACGGGCCAACCCGCAACCUUCCAAUACACCCGCCACAUCUUCGGAGCUACCGACUCACCAUGUGUUGCCUGCUACGCCACUCGACAAUGUGCGAAGGACAAUGCCGACAAAUAUCCAGCCUUGGAGCAAAUCACAAAACGCAACAUAUACAUGGACGACCUAUACAAAGCCGUUUCAACGCCGACGGAAGCGACACAGUUAAUGAACGACCUUCAAAAGAUGUUCAGCCUUGGAGGUUUCAACCUCACAAAAUGGACCUCAAACUCUCAACAAUUCCUCACAACAAAUAACGAGAACCAUUUGGAAAACAGCGACAGCCUCACCAAGAAGGAACGACCCCUCGAAAGAGUUCUUGGAGUGAAAUGGAAACCAAACACGGAUGUCUUUCUUGUGGAAGCAAAGAAGUUUCACGCCAUUGACAAGAAGGAUUUAACGCAGCGCAAACUAUUGAAGUUUGCUUCUUCAAUCUUUGACCCGCUUGGAAUUACGAUGCCACUUACAAUUUGA